UUUACGCUUUAUUCAGCUACAAGAUACCUUCUUGGGUUCUUUAUCUUUAUUUGCUUUUUAAUCAUUUCUUUAACGUACUUAUCUUGCUUUAAUAAACCAUGUUUCUGCUUUCUGUUUUUUCAUUGUCUGUGAUGUGUUCUUCUGUUUUUUCUUUGUUUUUUGGUGCCCAUUUGGCUUCUUGAGGUGCAAUUCAAAUCCCCAGUUCAGAAUUUGUUUACCUGGAUUUAAUUUUGAUGAUUUUUGUUCGUUUUGGCUAGGAAUUGGACGACCCUUUAAUCAUUUUCUUUCAAAGGAAUUAUUAUUGUGUGUGGUUUGGUUGAUUUUGUGUGUCUCUGGCCUGCUUAGAAUCUUUUGGCUUGAUCUGACAUGACUAGGUUGAUUUUAGCUCUCUGUGAUCAUCGACGUUGCUGUCGAGAGUUAAGUUUUUGUAGGUUUUUUCUAAAUAUUGUUGUUGGAAGGUUGUUUUCUGGUGGAAAACAGAGUUAAUUUGCGUUCAAGUGUUGCACUGGAGGAUUUUGAUAUGUUUAUGGAAUGAAUUCGAUGAGAUCAUCUGCUCUUUUUUGUUUCGGUCCCAAUAUCUCAACUUAGAAAUUUCUUAAUCUUUUACGGAAUAUUCUUUGAUCAAUUGUAUUUGAUUGCAAUUUUGCUCUGAAUUUGAAGCCACAUUAGGUUGUAAACUUGCUGGUUGCAGUAAGAUUUCAGUGGUGAACAUAUUUGAUCUGAUAUAUGCAAUAAGUAAUUCAAAUGUGUUGGUGAUUAGUUGCAAUCCCUGUAAGUUGCAUCCUUAACUUGGUCAUAAUUAAACUGAUAUUCUGUGCUAAUUCUUGUGCAGGUUAACUGCUAGAGAUUGAAUUUGUUUAGAUUUUCUCCUAAGAGGGAAUGUAAAGUUGUGUUGUGUAAUUUAGUUUCAAAAUAUAAAUCCUGUGGUAAAAUGAAAAGGGUAGGUGUUUAGAUUUGGACACUUGAUUUAUUACUGCUUCGGAGAAUCUGGGAUUUUGGUUUGGUUCGUUAUUGAUAACUGGGAGAAAGACGAUGGGACGGGCUUCGCUGUUAGUUCUGAUUCUAUUGACUAUUGGCUUUUUCUUUGCCACAUAUAAUUUGGUUGCCAUGAUAAUGCAUUAUAGAUCUAUUGGGAAAUGGGCACAUGACGAUUCGGAUGGUCAGAUAUUUUUGGAUCCAGUUACUGAAAUGCCUGAAGACGUGAAGAAAGCAAAGAAUGCCAAAAUGCCCUUCCAUGUUGCUCUAACAGCAACUGAUGCUCCUUACAGCAAAUGGCAGUGUCGCAUUAUGUACUACUGGUAUAAGAAGAAGAAAGACCUGCCCGGGUCGGAGAUGGGAGGCUUUACACGGAUUUUACACUCUGGAAAACCUGACAACUUGAUGGAUGAGAUCCCCACAACUGUGGUUGAUCCUCUGCCAGCUGGUCUUGAUCAGGGUUACGUUGUCCUAAAUAGACCCUGGGCCUUUGUGCAGUGGCUGGAAAAGGCUUCUAUCGAGGAAGAAUAUAUUUUAAUGGCAGAGCCUGAUCACGUAUUUAUAAAUCCCCUUCCAAAUUUGGCACGCGGAGGGUUGCCAGCUGCUUUUCCUUUUUUCUAUAUCAAACCUGCUGAUCACGAAAGCAUCAUACGGAAGUAUUAUCCGGAGGAGAAGGGUCCUGUGACAAACGUUGAUCCAAUUGGCAACUCUCCUGUAAUUAUCAAGAAGGAAUUGCUGGAAAAGAUUGCUCCUACGUGGAUGAAUAUCUCCUUGAAAAUGAAAAGAGACCAGGAGACUGAUAAAGCUUUUGGAUGGGUACUAGAAAUGUAUGCAUAUGCUGUGGCAUCAGCUUUACAUGAUGUGCAGCACAUUCUUCGGAAAGACUUUAUGGUGCAGCCUCCAUGGGAUUUGGCAACAGGGAAGAAUUUUAUCAUUCAUUAUACUUAUGGAUGUGACUACAAUUUGAAGGGUGAGCUAACAUAUGGAAAAAUUGGAGAGUGGCGGUUUGACAAAAGAUCAUAUCUAGGUGGACCUAUGCCAAGAAAUCUCGCCUUGCCCCCUCGAGGGGUUCCGGAAAGUGUGGUUACCCUUGUAAAGAUGGUCAAUGAAGCUACUGCAAACAUUCCAAAUUGGGACACAGAAUAGCCAUCUGCCGCGAUCAAGUCGAAGAGCACCAUACAUGCUUUAUGUGCAGAUGGGAAGUCUAGAUCCACAGCCAUUAGAAAUAUAUAUUGAUGUCCAGAAACCUCAGGUUAAUUAUUUCUAAGUAAGGAAUUGAACUAUACAAAUCAAAAUAAAAAAGGUUAUUUAGUUAGGAACACAUUAUUUAGGCCACCACAACACCUUUUUUUCUAUUUUCAACACAUUAUCAGAUUGAGAGUGAGAUCAAAAUGAAGUUAGCCUUACUGCUUUAUUGAUCUAGAGGCAGAUAUGAUAGCAAUAUUUGGCUGUCCAUUCAAACACAGCUAUAUUAAUUAAUAAGGCUUUAAUAUUUUUGAGUA